AUGCAAAGAUCUUCUUCAUUAAUAAGGCCAUUAAAAUCUGGCUCAUUCAUAAAAGAAAGAGUUGAGCAUAAAAAGACAGAUGAUUUACCAGCAUUUAGUCCUAUAAAUAUCAAUGCGUCCUCCCAUACAAAAUCAAGUUCAAAAUCACAAGCUUCCAAGCCCAAAAAAUACUUCAUUAUUUUUAUUGUAUUUGCGCUUCUCAUUUUUGGCAUUAUUUUACAUCGUAUUUUCUUAACAAUAAGUUUUUCAUAUUUAAAGUCAAAUACAAAAAAUUCAAUCAAAACACGUUCAGAUUCGAACGAUAAUAUAAGUCAUUCUGAUCAACCAGAUCUUAAUACAAAUAUGGUUAUUAACCCACCAAAGGAUGAAAAACAACUGAGUAAAAAUAUCAGAACACAACCAUCAAACAAGCAAGCUACCAUACCUGUUUCUAGAAGUGGUACGGCAAAGAAGACAAAUUUAAGAAGAAAAAUGUCUGAAGAAGAACUUCAGAAUGAGUACGAAUACGAACUUUUAGCUAACCCUGUUCUUGAAAACCUUGAUGAAGAAGGAAUUAAGCAAGCUAUUGAAGAAGGAAGGAUAGAAGAAGCAGUUCAGGAGGCAGAGGAAAUAGAAGAAAUUCUAGAAGAGUUAGAGGAGAUCAGAAGAGAAAAGCAACAAAGAUUCUUCAGAGGUAGAAGGAAUUAA